AUAGCAUAACAAAAUAAUUUUUCAGGAUUGAAAAGAGGAGAAAGUGGACCUUGAAAGUGAAGCACGUAACAUAUGUAAUGCUAUAAACAGUGCUUCUAUUUGGUUACAUAUUAAACCAACAUAUAUCAAGUAGAAUGAAGACUUUGUUACCCUUGAUCGUUUUGUGGCUAGUACUUCAUGCAGUGUCAGGCCAGCAUUUGGCAUGGUUUCGAAAAGAAACAGUCUGUGAACACAGCGUGUUAAGCAUCAGCUGUCCACUGGGAACUGGUAUUUCAGUCGUCUCCGGAUUCUACGGACGCAUUUCACAGGAUAUAUGUCCAAGUUUUAGUUCAAAACUUACGACUAUAUGUAAAGCAACAUUGGCGUCAAACAAAGUUAGAGCAGCUUGCAAUGGAAACACAUCAUGCAGAAUCUCAGCAUCAAAUAGAUUAUUUGGUGAUCCAUGCUAUGGCGUCUUUAAAUAUUUAACUGUCGCCUACUUCUGCAAAACUUUCCUUCCUCCAGCCAAGAUCGCUUGCGAGAACAACCUAUUAAAGAUAAGAUGCCCUUCUAGUUCUGUGAUUAGGAUAACCUACGCCAACUAUGGUCGCCUGUCCACUAGCAUCUGUCCUGGAUCCAAGUCUCGCCAUACAACAUGUAGCGCAUCUUCUUCCUUGCCUACAGUUAGAUCUAUUUGUGAUAAAAGACCGGAAUGUAGCAUUUUUGCAUCUAAUCAAGUUUUUGGGGAUCCUUGUUCAUCUGUUUACAAAUAUUUAGUUGUUGGCUAUUCCUGUAGGAGACCGGGUCGUCGCUUCGUCAAAGUGAGAUAGCUCAACAGCAUAACAGCCCCUUCCUCGCUUGGUUGAGUACCAUAUACGUGUAAUGAAACAAUCAUCUCCGCUUUAAUUAAAGCUUUUGUUAGUUCGUGCGUUGAAAAGCUUUACUACACAUGUAUUCCACUUUACUCUCUCUAUCCAUUUUAUAAAUUGAGUUCAACUUAUUGUACUGAUCAAAAAAAUACCGCCCCCUUUUGUAACUUAGUUUUAGAAUUAUUAUAACUCGUUGUAGACAUUGAAGUUACGGCGAAUUCUUGUGGAAGGACUUACGACUUGUAAUAACACUAGCUCACAAACUGCAAGGCUGUCUGAUUGUUCGCCUGAUAAAUAUUUUAUUAAUAAUCAA